GCGCCGUGGGCGUCCGCAGCGUCGUUCGCGUCUCUUCCGGUCUGGCCUGGUCCUGUUUGGUGGCUUGUAACCCCGCUGCCGGAGGUGGCAGCGAGCGGAGGCUGGCGCUGAGGGCCGCGGAGGCCUUUGUAACGCCGCCGGGUGUCCGUCCGCACCCCCGCCGCGGCCAGGCGUGCUGAAGGGGCUGCAGCCCUCCGCGGGGUCGUGUCGCCGGUGGCGGGUGGGAGCUGGUUAAGGAGGGUCUCUGGCAGGGUCGGGAGGGACCUGCAGCAGCACCCCGAGCCCCGGCUGUCCCUGGCUUCGGUAGCGUGGGCUUGUGAGGACGCUGCACCAACGUUCUCUUGCUAGAAAAAAUGUACCUCAGAGACUGCUGACCUCAGACCUUGCAGAGACCUGCUUCACCAGAGCUGUGAUGGCCAGUCACCAAGCAGAAGUCCAGAGUUUGAAGCUAGAUAAUGAUUCAGUUAUUGAAGGAAUAAGUGACCAGGUACUGGUGGCAGUUGUGCUCAGUUUCACUUUCAUUGCUGCUCUGGUAUAUACACUUUUAAGAAAUGAACAUCAGAACAUACACCCAGAAAAUCAAGAGCUAGUGCGGGCUCUUCGUCAGCAGCUUCAAACUGAGCAGCAGGAUGCUUCUGCUGGUGAUAGACAUCGCUUCUAUACAGAUAUGUCCUGUCCAGUGUGUUUGCAACAGGCUACGUUCCCUAUAGAAACAAACUGUGGACAUCUUUUCUGUGGUUCCUGCAUUAUUGCCUACUGGAGGUACGGCUCAUGGCUUGGUGCCAUCCGUUGUCCAAUCUGCAGACAAACGGUAACAUUGUUUUUACCACUCUUUGGUGAAGAUCAGCAGGAUGCAACCCAAGUACUUCAAGAUGUUAAUGAUUACAAUCGGAGAUUCUCAGGACAGCCCAGAUCUAUUAUGGAAAGAAUUAUGGAUCUGCCCACUUUGUUGCGGCAUGCUUUCAGGGAGAUGUUUUCUGUUGGGGGCCUCUUCUGGAUGUUUCGCAUCAGAAUAUUCCUCUGCUUGCUUGGAGCCUUGCUCUACCUGGCUUCACCUCUGGAUUUUCUUCCUGAAGCCCUCUUUGGAAUUCUGGGGUUCUUGGAUGAUUUCUUUGUCAUUUUCCUUCUGCUGAUAUAUAUUUCUAUCAUGUACCGAGAAGUGGUAACACAGCGGCUGAAUAGAUGAAAUGGAUGAAAAUGACCCAAAUGCAGAGGCAGCUGUGGAAUGUUUUAAAAGGAGAACUAUAACAGAAGUAUGAUAUAAUAAGGCACCUGUGUACAGUUUCAGUAGUUAACAAUUCCAUAGCUGGCCAUCUUAUACAAAUACAAAGGGUUAGUAUGUGGUGAUGUUUAACUGGAAUCUUUAAUUUGUGUAUUACAUACACUUCAUGAGGAUGAGGUUAGUUUUAUAAUGUAAUAAACAACCUUCAUCUACUUCCACCUGAUGAACAACUGCAUGUAAUCAAAGCAGAAAACACCUUUUCCGGUGUGUGGUUUGGAAAAAGGAGUUCUAAUAAAGGACUUCUAAUAAAAAUUCCCUUUUGGUAAUCUAGACGUGUAUAAGGAAGUUCAGAAAUUCUCCACAGUCCAGUUAUCACAACUAAGUUGUUUAAUGUCUCCCUGUUGUGGGCUAGAGUUUUUUAAAACCUAAGUAGCUUUGUGUGUCUCUAUGGAAGAAGAAACCCAAGGACCACAUUACAAUUAUCACCCUGUAGUUUGCUGUUGUCCACAUGUGUCACAAAACCAAGGAGAACAGCUCAAUAUUGCUUGAACAGCACUAUGUACAGCUGCAUGAAAUUCAUACAAUUUUAUUUUUCUAUUUGGGAAUAUACACACAGUAUCUGAUCUAGAUAGAGAAACCGGUAUUAUGCACGCCAGACUGGUUAGUGCUCUAUUUUUAAACAGGAGCAUGUUUUUUCUCCUCAGGCUUAUUUAUUUGGUAGAUAUGUAUCUUGGAAUCGGGGAUUUGGGCUGCUUUGGAUCAAUGCAAUGUAUCUGAAGGGAGCAUUUGCAUUCCUUUAGUUGCAUUAAAGCAUUGAGCCAAUGGGGAGAACCCUCAAGUUUUAGGUAGUGGUUGAAGAAAAGAAGUCAGAACUGGAUGUUUAUAGUACAGAACUUUACCUGAAUGUACAUCCUGCAAUACAUGUGUUAAGCAGCUUAGGUGUUGGGGCAUUUGAUUUUCAGUUGGAGUUCUUUUUUUGGUUGGUUGGUUGAUUUGAUUGUGGCUAGAGGGUGUUCUGAAUUACUUGAAAAAGAUGUCAUAAGGGACCACAAAAAAACCUGGAAAUAACAAGGGAAUAAUUAUCCCUAAAGCUGAUUUGGUUGGGAUUUUUUUUCAUGCUGAAUUUGAAUAUAGGCUAUCAUAGCUACAGAAAUAAUUUGAAAAUAUUUUCAUUUUAAGAAAUGAAUGCCACUGGAAAGGUCAAGGACAUGAUAGACCUAUGUACUUUUUAACUAGAAGAAUGAUAAUUGCCAUUUUAUUUAAACUUCCUGAGUACUUGAAACACAGUGAUUAGACAGGUGAUUCUUUGUGUGUUUACAUAUAUGGGAUGAGACUUACGAUUAAAGGAACUUUUUUACAACGUCUGUGUUUUGCCCAUGCAGGCGUCUUUCCAUGCCUUCUAGCAACUGGGCCUGUGCAGGAAGAUCAUAGAGCUGGCACCUGACAUGUCAGUGGUUGGGGUGGAGAUUGUCCUUCGGUGUCAGUGUUUUAAAAUGACAUUCAUUUAAAAGUAAAUUCACUGAUUUGCCAUCUGAAAAUUUGCUUUUGAAAAUCCAAAGAUGUAUUUCAAAUUAACUGAAAAGCCAAAUUUUUCCGUGUUGCUGUUUGUUAGAGAUGGGCAAGAGGAGAAACAGGAAGUGAAACAAGGGUGGGAGGAGGAGAGCAAGACAGAAAAUUAUCUUUUUUGGAAGUGAAUGCUAUUUGUUUUUGCAAACUAACUGUUUUUGAGUGUCUCAGUUCAGCUUUUCCCUUUCUGUUGGCAUUGCUAAUGUAUGGUGAUGGUUAGUGGCUACCUCAGUUAAAAGUCAUUAAGGUAUUAUUGAAUAAGCAUAGGAUAUUCAUAAACUUUUAGGUAUAUUUAGAAAGCAAGAUAGUAGUUAGGAUGUUAGGUAAAACAGGAUUUUGCAGUUUUGCUUUAAGCACUGUUUUGGUUUGGGGUUUUUUUCCCCAAGAGAUCCAGCUGAGAGCAAACUCCAAAAAAGUAUUUUUAAUUAGUAAAUUUAAGACCCCUUUUCUCCUGGAGUUUAACUUGGGUGUUUGCUUAGAGAAGAGAAUGAACUGCUGUUGUAGAACAACUGGAGUCUGUUCAUAGAAUCUGUUGAUGUGGUACCUCCUCCAUAUGUUUAUCCUAUGACUGUGUGUAUACUUUUUCCCAUGACUCUCUAAAUCCAGAGUGGAUAUAGAUGUACAUGAAGCUGCUUACUGAUUUGUUUUUAUUGAGCUCCCAAAUUCCACAUGCUACUGUGAAGUUUAUGCAGAAAUACCCAUCUAAGGGCUCUGCUCCCGAGGUCAUGUACAAGCCAUAUCUGAGUAGCUAUGUAAAACUUACCUGUGUUCUGCUUCUUCCUUCACUAAAUUUCUGCUAGCCAGAAGGGUUUCCCUUGGAGGCUUCUGCUUACCUUUGAAUACUGAGUAACAUUGUAAGCACAAAAUCAACACAUGAAAUGCUUGACAGAAUUAGGACCAUCCUUCCUUUUCGCCAAUGUGUGUGCUUGCUUGUGGAGACUUCCUUUUGCUCCUGCAAGCCACUGAUAAACAGUAUUACGACUUGCUUAGGCCUUUCUGUGGACAGCUGUAAUGUGAAGAUGCAUCUGUCCUGCGGCAUCUGGCUGCUGCUUCUUUACACAGAUCUGAACUAGCUGUAAGUUAGCUACCUUGGGUACUUAGCUUGAGCUUAACUUAAGCUCCAGAGCUCCCAAGAAGCUGGUGAUCAAUACACAAGCACGUAGUAGUAUUCCUGAGCUGUGGCAGCCGUGCUAAAGGUGAGUGCUAAGCACUGGCUUCAGAAUGUGAAGGAAAUAUGUGAUGCUGUGUGGAAACCGACUGCAAACAUCGCUGUGGUUUUGUCUCCUGAAAUGGGGCAGCCGUGUUACUAAUGGGGGAAAGGAAAAAAAGGAAAACUUUAGCAGCAAAGAAGAGGUACAGGGAAUAAGUACAGUUCUUUCUUAAAGAUCCUUACUUUUUCACCAAAAACUGUGUGGAAUAUUUGAUUGUUCCAGCAAUAUUAACAAAGGGGAAAACUAAAGUUAUACUUAAUAGCUCUUACAGAAUAACUUGUAGCAUCUUGCUGCCUAAUGAUAAUCGUUAUGACAAGUGCUGUAUAGGGCAAUCUUUCUGUGUUGUGUGUGUCCCACACCAUUGAAGUCUAUGAGGGUGAGGCAGAGUGGUGUGAUUUGGGGAUACAGUUUUGCUAUAGGUUUCAUAGAACUGUAGCAGUGACCUGUGUGUUACACUAGAUUUUUAAGACAAAAGGAUUUAAAACUACUUGUUGUUACUUUUAAUGAUAAUAAAUUGCUAAUUAAAGUAAGA